CCUCGCAUUGCAGCGUGCCGUGUGCCAAGAAUUCACCACCAGUGACCAUUUCACCACUCACUACUCACCCUCCAGCGAAGAAGAAGAGACCGAGGAGGCGAGCGAGGAUGCUGCGGAUGGAGGUUGCGGAGUCCGGCAGCACGGGGAGCGGCGGCGUGGGCGUGGGCGUGGCGGUGGCGGACGCGCCGUCGUCGGCGCCGGGCGGCGCGGAGGCGGAGGCGGCGAUGGCGGUGUACGAGCGGGUGGCGCGCAUGGCGAGCGGGAACGCGGUGGUGGUGUUCAGCGCCAGCGGCUGCUGCAUGUGCCACGUCGUGAAGCGCCUCCUCCUCGGCCUCGGCGUCGGCCCCACCGUCUACGAGCUCGACCAGCUUGGUUCAAGCGGCGGCGGCAGGGAGAUCCAGGCGGCGCUGGCCCAGCUGCUCCCCCCGGGGCAGCCGGCGGUGCCCGUGGUGUUCGUGGGCGGGCGGCUCCUGGGCGGCGUCGAGAAGGUCAUGGCCUGCCACAUCAACGGCACCCUCGUCCCGCUCCUCAAGCAGGCCGGCGCCCUCUGGCUGUGAACGGCGGCGGAGUGCAGCGACGUGGCUGCCUGGUGACGGUUUCUUGUUCGAUCGAUCGGUGUAGAUACAAUUAACCGGCGGCGGCGGCGGCGGCUUCAGUCGUCGCUGUGGUAGCUACCUGGCGUACGUUUCUAGUUCUUGUAAUCUCUGGUGAUGAUGAGCAGGUUUUAAUCUAGCUAGUAGUGAAUUUAGCUGGUUUGGAUCCAAUCCCUGUGGUGUAACGCAGUGCAAGUUUGGAAUGCAAAUGCAACACGACGAUGUUCCUUUUC